GAUAGCCUUAAACACUCUUAAGUGUUCUUAAAUGGAGUUGCAGUUAGAUAAGUAUAAAAAUUCCUCUGCUAAAACCAGAACUGUGUUGGUAAUCCAGUUAUGUUCAUGUGAUGAAUAUCAACAACAAAAGUCUAUUUUAAAGCUUAGAGUGUAUGAAUUGUUAUGCUGUAGAUUGUUAGUUUGGACUUUCGAGCAGUAUUAUAGGAAAGAUAUGUCACCAAUGGACCGUGAGUAUCAACAACGAGAAGAGGUAACAGCAUUAUGUGCAAACUUAGUCACAUCCAACACUGAUGGACCACAAGUAUCAACUAUGGAAAGAGUUCCUUGUAGCUGUGAUGAUUUUAACUUAGAUAUCCUUGCAUUCUUGUCGAGGGUCUAUUUUCCCGAGGUAGGGGGUAAGAGCUUCCCUGUCUGGGAGAUUUCACCACUUCAACUUGGCUGGGAAAUACUGCAAUCAAAAUGUAUUUUGCAGUUCAGUAAAGCAGAAUGAAAUGAUUGUACGGAACCGACAUGAUCGAUCAUAUUUGCUGUCAAUAUACACAAAGUUCAGUCAAACCACGUUCUCAACAGUUAAUUCUGAAAUGGUCAUCAAGAGAAGCAAGUAAAAGGGCAGCUCGGUGUACUAAGCAACGAG